UUGCGGUUUUUUUUUCAUUUCUUGCGUUUGGGUACUGCUACAUUUGCAUUGCGUAUAAACUUUUAUAGUGUGUAAUACUUUCGAUAGUUUUGUGUAGAGGCUCUUCAUAUAAAUCUAUUAGAGCUCUGUAGUCGGUUCAACCUUCCAAGUGUUGUGAGCAGAUUGGUAUUUAAUUAACCAUGCCAGACGAUGUAUUCCGCGCGCGUGGUUGGUUUGAGGAAACAAAACAGCCAAAUGCGCUCACACAUGCUCAAGGUACCAACAACAUGCUGGAGUUGACCCCACAUGCCGGCCGGAAACCGUAUCAUUCAAUGUUCGACUGGGGUGUAUACUUUCCGUUUCUGGCACAAUGCUUGCGCAUAAAACGUUUCGAAUAUCCACAGGUUUCCGGCGUUGUACAGGAGGAUCCAAUGCUGCAGCGUGCAAUCAAGCAAGCUGCUGAACAAAUUAUACGUGAACAGCGUAUUGAAACACAUAAAACAUUUAGAAUAAAUAAUGAAGCGCCAACCGAUGCAGAGGAAGAGUUGAAAAAGUAUCAGGAAAUCUUUAAAAGUCAGGAAUGCCGUGCCAAAAAUAUUUUAAUGAAUAUGCGCUCAACCUUGAACCACUACCUGAUAAUGCUUACAUCUUGGUUGCUCUACAAACUUCUUCCAUGCUUCUUAUCAGGCGUCGUCACACACACAAGACAAAUAGAAACAUUGAAAAAGGCAUCGGAACGUGCACCUGGCAUACCAUUAAUAUUUCUGCCAUUGCAUCGUAGUCAUCUUGACUACAUAAUGGUUACAUUUAUCUUGACCAACAAUGAUAUACGUAGUCCUCUAGUGGCUGCUGGAGACAACUUACAGAUUCCGGUAUUUGGCGGUCUUUUACGUUCACUAGGUGCUUUUUUCAUUAAAAGAAAAAUCGACCCUGUCGUGGGGAAAAAAGAUAUACUCUAUCGCGCUAUCUUGCAACAAUAUCUCCAACAUGCACUAAAAAUGUCACACAAUGUUGAGUUCUUCAUCGAGGGUGGACGCACCCGUACUGGCAAACCUUGUAUGCCAAAAGGCGGCAUAUUAUCGGUGAUUGUUAACGCUUUUAUGGAUCGUAGCAUACCAGAUGCACUUUUGGUACCCGUUUCUGUUAAUUAUGAACGCCUAGUCGAUGGAAAUUUCGUGCGGGAACAAAAAGGCGAGAAGAAAGUACCAGAGUCCUUCUGGAAAGCCAUGGCAGGAAUUUGGAAGACACUCCACUCAAAAUACGGUCUUAUGCGCAUCGAUUUCAAUGAACCCUACUCUAUAAAAGAACUCGUGCAAUCCUAUAAUAAGAUUGCAACAGACAAUAGCCCCUUCAAAGUUUACAAACCUUCUGAACGCACCUUACAGCAUAAUCAGUCAACAUCUUCAUUGUAUGGCACCGACGUAGUUUGCGAAGAGCACCGCACACUAAUAGAAAGCAUUUCACGAGAAGUUGUGUUUGACUGCGCCGCCGCAACAUCAGUCAUGUCAACAAAUGCGCUGGCAUUCUUAAUGUUAACACGUUUUCGUAGCGGAGCAUCAAUCACCAAGAUUGCUGAAGCAUUAGAUUCGCUACGCGAUCAUUUGAAAGGACGUAAAGAUAUGGCUUUCGCUGGAGACUCUCUACAUAUACUCAAAUACUCAUGUGAUUUAUUGGGUGAAGCGUUGAUAUCGCGGACGCUGGACGACCGCGGACAAGUUUACUUGCAACCAGUACAAAGUAUCGAGAGUUUAAUUGAGUUGUCUUACUAUUCAAAUAUGUUGACACCAUACUUUGCCCUACAAUCUGUAAUGAUGAUAACAUUUCACGAGUUGCUGCCGAAACCAGUGGACGGAAAGCCACUUGAAGGGGACACAGACGCAGCCAAACUGCCAGGACUUUCGAGGAAAAAUCUUAUUGAUGCUGCUUUAGCAAACUGUGAUGUACUGCGUUACGAAUUUAUUUUGCAUAAACCAACUCAGGUGUUGAGUAACCUUUUGGAGGUUUCAUUAGACGAACUGAUUGUGUGCGGAUUGAUAAAGUUGCCUGAAAUAAAAGAAGAGCCUGACUGCAAUGCCGAAAGCCGCAAAAUUGCGCGUAAUAUUGCAGCGUACCUAGACGAUACAGAUGAUUCCGAAUAUACCGAUUACGAGCAGGAAGAAAUUUACAAUCAAAACGAACAGCCAGACUUAUAUUUGGCGCUCGACACACUGACUGAACAGAAUGCGCUUUGUGAAGUAUUGGCACCGUUUAGUCACACAUACUACUCAGUGGCGCAGUCACUAAGUAUUCUUUACAAAAAUUCUAUGCUCGAAACUGAAUUUAUAAAAUUUGUAAUUGCUGAUAUUUCGAAUAAGGUGAAAACUGGAGCUUGUCCAUAUGCAGAAAGCGUUUCGACAGAUUCGGUGCGAAAUUGUUUAAAACUGCUGGAGAAAUGGUCAGUUUUGGAGAUUUGUAAUGAUCAUGGGCUGCGCCUUUUAACGCUCGGAACACUAUAUGAGACGUCGAAAGAGUCUAUAAAGACAAUUGUUGGAAGAAUAUCAAAAAUUGUUCCAACCAAAUACGGCUACUUGCCUCUUUAAAAGACAAAUC